UAAAUUAAUAUUUAAGCUGGUAUAAUUAGUCAGUUUGAAGGUUUCUUAUGUGUAGAGGUUACAAUACUGACUCGAGAGAAGUAGAAUGGGAGUAAAUAUUUUGCUGGUUUAUAAGUAUAGUCUCGCUUGAUGCAAUGGGGGUCUGCAAAAGUACUUGCAUCAAUCCUGUACUACAUUCCUGUGUCGAAGUUAAGUGUCCGUAGCCCCAGAAAAGAGAUCAGGCAGCAAUCCUUGAGCCAGAGUAUGCUCAAUUGGUGAAGAGGACACUUCUAUGUUUGUGGAAAACAGAAAGUGACUGAUGCAGGGUGUGGUUUAUGGAAAUGUGCUACUUAAUCUAUUUUAAGCCUUUAAUGGCUGAUUCUGAAAUGACUUCGAAGGUGAAAAACUGGCAGUAUCAAUCUAUUAUGUAUCACUGUUGUCCAUUCUGGUCAUGGCUCCUAAGGUUUUUUAGCCGGUAAUUUUAUGAUUGCUAGGGCUGGAUGAAAUUUAAAUGACAAUUUUUGUUGGUCAUUUUUGGUUAAGGUUAUUGAGGCCAGCUAAACUGAUGCAUUCGACUUGGGUUAGGUAUUUCAUGUUUGCUUUUCUUAUUGAUUCUUGAAUUAUUGGAAAGUUUUGGGAAAAUAAUCUGCUGGUCAACUAUUCAUUAGUCAUUGCAUCUUUACUCAAUCCACACAAACUGUGAGAAGUAUUUCAAUGAGGCUGCUGCAACUACAAGUGCUAGGUUUCGGUCAAAGCUUUAUGGAGCCAGAGCAUUCAUUGUGCAAUUCAAGAUGCUCAGCCUUUCCCUGAUUUCGGUGCAAUGCCCAUACAAUCCUGGUUGAUGGAUGGAUUCUUCUGCAUUCCCUUUUCUUCUUGUUUUCAAGAAGAGCCCUCUGAUCCACCAUGGCAUCGCCAUCACUUCUUUUCCUGAGUCAUUAUUGCCUUCCAUCCCUCAUGACUUUUGCCCAGCCUUCAUCUUCAGACAUUACAAUUAGUCAACCUCGAAGCUGAGGCAGCAGAAUAAAAUGGAGAAGAUACUCUUUACAUUUUCCAUGACACAUCCAUCGUUAAAGUGGUUGUUCCUUGACAUCACUUAGUUCAUCAUUCAAGGAUUUGCUUUUGUUUACAUGGUUGAUGAGAGAGAUGCAGAGGAUGCAAUCCGUGGACUUGAUCGUAUUGAAUUUGGAAGGAAGGGUCGGAGGCUUCGUGUUGAGUGGACAAAGCAAGAACGUAGCAGGAAGCCUGAGAGUUCCAAGGCCUCUUCUGGUUUAAGACCUUCAAAGACUCUAUUUGUCAUUAAUUUUGAUCCAUACCAUACAAGAACAAGGGAUUUGGAGAGGCACUUUGAUCCCUAUGGUAAAAUACUGAAUGUUAGGAUCAGGCGGAAUUUUGCAUUUGUUCAGUAUGAAUCACAAGAGGAUGCGACUAAAGCAUUGGAUGCUACAAAUUUGAGCAAACUUUUGGAUCGAGUUAUAACAGUGGAGUAUGCAGUAAAGGACGAUGAUGAUCGGAGAAGCGGCUAUAGUCCUGAUAGAAGUCAUGGUAAGUCUCCCAAAAGAAGCUACGAUGGGGGCCGAUCUCCUAGCCCAUAUGGAAGAGAGAGAGCGAGCCCUGAUUAUGGGCGUGGUCAUGGCCGAAGCCCAUAUCGAAGAGAACGUGUGAGUCCUAAUUAUGGUCAAGGACCUAGCCCAGUUCGUAGUGGAAGGGAAAGGAACUCUGAGUAUGGAAGUGGCCGUCAGCCAAGUCCUAGAAAGGAGAGGAACUCCGAUCACAGCCAUGGACAUAGCCCAAGCCCCCGAAGAGAGAGGCUAAGUUCUGAGAAUGGCCAUAAUAAUAGCCCAAGGGAGCGAAGACGUCCUAAGAAAGAGCAUGAUAUAAGCCCAAAUCCUCAAAGAGAGAAAAGGGGGAGGAUGAGCCCUGAUGGUUAUCGGAAUGGCAGAAGCCCUAGUUCAAAUCCUGAACUUACAGAUAGCCCUGGCAAUGGCGGAGCUGAGAGCCCUUUGCCUCAACGUCAGAGGAGCCGUUCCCCGCCAGCACGAGAGAGAUCUCAAUCUUAAAUCUGGUUUGUCAUGGCAAGAGGUUGGUCUUGCAUCUAAUGGUAUCCCUUUAAUGGGGUUGAUACGCAAACAAAACUGCUUGUAACGCAUAUGGUCUUGAUUCUGUUUGUUUUCUGGAGUUAUUCUCUUAUUGUUGGUCUUGAAGCACUUAUUCUGCUCGUGGAAUCUGUUAGCUCUCACAAUGCAAUAGUUACACCGUGGUAGAUACUCUCAGUUGUGUAGAUGCCAUUUCGGUGGAUAUCUCCUGUAGUUCGUAGGCCAUAUUGUGCGAGGAUGUUGCUUGAAAGGUGUUUGGUAAAAUUCCAAAUUGUUUAUGGAAUUGCGUGCGCAUGUCCACAAAGCCAGAAAACUAAAAGGAGAAAGGGAACAGAGAGAAAUUAUAAUGGUUACUUUUUCAAA